AUGCUUUUUCCCCCACGAGAGACCUGGUUCCGUGCAGUUAACGCGGGGGAUAUAAACACUGUUAUUCAUAUGCUCCAGCGCAAUGCAAAGACCAUGAAUGAAUAUGGAGAAACAGCCCUGAUGUGCGCCAUCAAAAACAGCGACACGGCCCUUGUCUCUGUUCUUGCCCCGCAAGAGGCAGGAUGUUUCCAUGGAAAGAAUGGAUCGACAGCCCUGAUGCAGGCUGCAGCCCGGAAUAUGGCCGACAUCACUGCAAUCUUGGCGCCAUAUGAGGCAAAGCUUCUUGCACGGAGGAAGGUCAACGCUAUGAUGAUAGCUGCAGAAAACAAUGCUGCCGGCGCGCUGUUCCAUUUACUCCCUUACUAUGACGGAGCCCAGGACGAGGAUGGAAUGACUGCUCUCGACUAUGCAGCGCGGACAAACUCCUACGAGUCUGCUGUUCUCUUGGCUGGCUCAGGUAAGCAUUCACCAGAACAGGUGCUUGCCUCUUCUAACCGGGCGUCCGACCGAACGGCAUCCGUCUUGGUCCUCAUGUCAAGAGCGCAGUCUGGAGAGGCCGUAGAUACUGCAGAGGUCAUGCUCAAGUACAAUUCUCUCUGCGGAAAAGCUGAGCGGAUGAAGGGUGCUCUUUCGCUUCUCUUGGGAGCAGACUACUCUGAUGACAAAGAUCUAGUCUCUAUCGCAAACCUCAAGCGUGAGGAGAUCAAGAAGCUCCAGAUAAGUCUUUUAGAUCGUGAGGCAGAGCUGGCAGCUCUCCGAAAACACUAUGUUACGAGGCUGCAUCAACACGAGCAAAACAUAGAAAGAGAUAUCCUCGCCAGGACAGAUACAACAGCGUUGGCAGCAGAGCUUUGCUUUUACAAAAAUAGAUAUAAAGAAAUAUGUAGUUCAUCAUUAUUCAAGCACACCUAUCCAAAUGAGGAGGUGACAGGGGCUGCUUGCGAAACAGUCAAUGCAAAUAUACUGUAUAUGCACAAGCGGCUUGAAUCUCUUGUGGAGGAGUUAGAACAGCUGAAGUCAAUGCAGCGAAGAGUGGAUAGUUUAACAUCUAGCCCAGUUUACAGAUCUACCAACUCACUGGUGGAUUCCAGCAAAAGCUAUCUUCGCGAUUCCUCCUCGACAUAUGAGAAUCGAAGGUACUCCGACUUAUUUGACCUCGGUCGUAGCGUCAGCCCCAAAGUUGGCAUGUCUUACAGGGCAUCCACUUAG